GUUUCUGCCAGCGUAAUUUUCUACGUAUCAAUUCAAAACUGCACCAUGAAGCACGUCCUCGUGAAAUGGGAGAGCGAGGACACGUGGGACGUGUAUCCUGUGAAGAGGAUCGCCGAUAUAGCAAUUGGAAUGGAGCUGCUUCGGGACCCGGCCAGCGCACUACAAAAAUUUUGGGAUGUCGUUGUCGACAUCGUGUGGCAGCCUGGAAAGCCACCAGCACCUGCCAGGAUUCUAGCUGUUGGAAGUCAGGCCUCCAUGGAAAAAAAAAGAAACAGGCUGGCACUGGAGGCUGCCGAGACUGACAGCUCAGCCACUGGUGCAAAGGUAAAUGUCAGUUCUUACUUUAAAUAGUAAUUUCCAAGUAACUGAGCUUUAAUAUGUUUGUAACCUGCACACUAACGAGCUUAGAAGUCAAUUGUUUGCUUGCUUUCUUGGAGUGUAAUUCAGGGUUCUGGCAUUGUCUUUCUUUUUUGUUUUUAACCUGAUGGCUGUUUGUUUCCCAAAACUAUUUCAUUCAUAACC